UUAGCUUUUAAGCGCCACAACUCAGUGAGCUCGCAAAUUCUACACACACACACUCUCUCUCUCUGAAAUCCAAACACUGUUUCUUUGUGAGAGCUUUCAAUCAAAAGAGUGAAAAUGGAAGUGGGUCGGUUGCCCAUAUCAGCAUCACAGAGAGGCAAACUGAUAGCAGCAGGCUAUACAACUCUCUCUUCUUUUUCUUCGCUGUCUCCCUCCCACCUUGCCAGAGAUCUAAAAAUUUCGGAUAAUGAGGCUGCUGAAAUUAUGAGAGUUGCAUCACAUAGUCAUAGGUUGGAUGGGUCAGCAGGAGGUUGUGGUACAGUUAAUGGUGCACAAACUGCUUGGGAUAUGCUCCAUGAGGAGGAGAUGUUUCCACGCAUCACUACAUCUUGUGAGGAUCUGAAUAACAUCCUUGGUGGGGGAAUAAAUUGCAAAGAAGUUACUGAAAUUGGUGGAGUUCCGGGCAUUGGUAAAACACAGCUGGGGAUUCAACUCGCUAUCAAUGUUCAAAUUCCAGUUGAUUAUGGUGGCUUAGGAGGAAAGGCAAUAUAUAUAGAUACAGAAGGCAGCUUCAUGGUCGAACGUGCUUUACAAAUUGCUGAAGCAUGCAUAGAAGACAUGUCAGAAUGUGGUGGCCUUUUGCGGAAGGAUUUUCAAGCUUGCCAACUUAAAAUGCACCCCAACAAUAUCUUGGAAAACAUAUUCUAUUUCCGAGUCUGCAGUUACACUGAGCAAAUUGCUCUUAUAAAUUGCUUAGACAAGUUCAUCUCAGAGCAUAAAGAUGUAAAGAUUGUCAUUGUUGAUAGUGUUACUUUCCACUUCCGCCAAGAUUUUGAUGACAUGGCCCUCAGGACUCGAUUACUAAGCGGAAUGGCUUUAAAGCUGAUGAAACUUGCAAAAGAUUUUAGUUUGGCGGUUGUUUUGUUGAAUCAGGUGACCACCAAGUAUAUAGAUGGUUCAUUUCAAUUAACUCUUGCACUGGGUGAUAGCUGGUCACAUUCGUGCACAAAUCGAGUCAUUUUAUACUGGAAUGGCAAUGAACGAUAUGCAUACAUUGACAAGUCACCCUCCCUCCGAUCAGCAUCUGCACCAUAUUCUGUGACCUCUAAAGGUAUUAGGAAUUCUGCUUCAAACUGUAAGCGCAUCAAAAUGAUGUGAGACUUAGUGUGAGAUACAACUUAAAACUCCAACAUCAGCACCAUAGGAAAGUUGUUAAAAUAGAUUAAUGCUUGAUCAUUUAAGAUAAUUACAGCAACUAAUAUAUUUUAUUUGUGUCAGUUUGGUUUAGCUUAAUUUUUAUCUUAAAAAAGAAUGUACAGAAGUCUCACAUUUUUCAAACUAUAGCUGUAAUUUUUGUUCAGCUUAUUUUUAAGCAAAGUAGUAAACCAAUGAAUAUAAGCUAUACCAAUCGAUCACUUUCAACA